UCUGCUCUGAGCAUGCGCCUCUAAAUGUGACGUCCAGUCCCUCACAAACAUGGCGCACAGCUGAUGACGCUCUUUCAACACCGCCGGCGUUUUUAAAUGACGUAGACACGAAGCAUGCAGCCUGGUUGGAAAUAAGGAAUUAGCAGUGGCAUCAUGUCCUCUGAUGCAGUCAGUGAUUCCCGAGCUGAUGAAAAUGAGCAGGAGGUCCAAGGUGGAGGAAAUGAAACACUGUCAAAGAGACAGAGAAAGAAACUUCUCAAACAACAGCAAUGGGAAGAACAGAGAGAUCUGCGCAAGCAGAAGCGCAAGGAGCGGAAACAGCAGAGGAAAUUAGAAAAACAGGCACAGGCUGAGGACAGAACAGACUGUCCUGACAGGAAGCGUUUUCGCAAAGAGGCAGAGCCCAGUCCUCUCCGUCUGGUCAUAGACUGCAGCUUCGACAACCUCAUGAUGCUCAAGGAUGUAAAGAAACUUCACAAGCAGAUCCAGAGAUGCUAUGCAGAGAACAGACGAGCAGCACACCCAGUCCAGUUUUAUAUAACAAGCCAUGGUGGGCAGUUGAAACAAAAUAUGGAUGAAAUUAACAAAGGCUGGGUCAACUGGAAGGAUGUCCAUAUCAAGUCAGAGCAUUUUCAUGAAGUCUUAAGCAAAGAGGAUCUGGUGUACCUCACCUCUGAUUCACCCAACAUUCUCCAGGAGCUUGAUGAGGCCAAAGCUUAUGUGAUUGGAGGACUGGUGGACCACAACCACCAUAAAGGAAUCUCUUUUAAACGGGCUAAAGAGCUUGGAAUCGCUCAUGCUCAACUUCCACUGGGCAGUUUUGUCAAGAUGAACAGCCGCAAAGUGCUCGCCGUCAACCAUGUGUUUGAGAUCAUGUUGGCAUAUCUGGAGAAACGUGACUGGCAGGAGGCCUUCUUCACCGUCCUGCCUCAGCGCAAAGGAGCUAUACCUGUGGGCCAAGAGAACAAACAGGAGCAGGAUGAGGACGAGGAUGAGGAGGACUCCGAUACAUGUGAGCCAGGGACACAAAACAAUGAAGAUACAAAGGACCAAAGAAAUGGCAAACAGGAAGAACAUGAAACUCAGCAAAACCAGUCAGAUUCAUGUGAACGGACUGCUGUGUGAGAACAAAUGACUUUUUAUGUUAAAAAUAUUUAUCUUUUUUUUGUGCCAAGACUUGGAAUGACAUGUGUUGGGAGAAGUUUCUGUUUUGCUUACUAAUACCUAAGUUAUUGAUAAUACUGCCAUUUUUGUUUCAAGUCAUAAAAGUGAUUGAGAUCUGAACAUUUCUCUGCCAAUAAAGUUGAGAUUAGAUCUCCUGCCAAUUUUA